GCCUCGGCGGCGGAGCGGAGCGGAGCGGCCGCCGCCCCAGCCGCGGCGGAGUGAAUGGGUUGCUAUGGCAACUGAGUGAGGCAGGCAGCAGGCCGCCGCGGCCCCAGCCGCCUCCGCUCCUCAGCGUGUGGGCGAGGAGGCAGCGGGUGGCCGCCGGGACAGCCGAGGAGAGGCCGGGAGCGCAGCGGCAGGAUGGAGGACGGCUUCUCCAGCUACAGCAGCCUCUACGACACCUCCUCGCUGCUCCAGUUCUGCAACGAUGACAGUGCCUCUGCUGCAAGCAGUAUGGAGGUAACGGAUCGGAUUGCUUCUCUGGAGCAACGUGUCCAGAUGCAGGAAGAUGACAUCCAGCUGCUCAAAUCUGCCCUUGCUGAUGUGGUUCGACGCUUGAAUAUUACAGAGGAGCAGCAAGCUAUGCAGAAUAAGAAAGGACCUACCAAAGCAAGACCGCUGGUACAAACCCUGCCUUUAAGGACAACCGUUAAUAAUGGAACUGUGUUACCAAAGAAACCAAGUGGCUCUUUACCUUCCCCAUCAGGAACCAGAAAGGAAACUGUAUCACCAGCAGCAAAAAGCACUGUUAAGAGAACCAGUUCAGCCGAGCGCGUGUCCCCCGGCGGUCGGAGGGAAAGCUAUGGAGAUUCCAAAGGCAGUCGCAACCGUACUGGAUCCACCAGCAGUUCAUCUAGUGGUAAAAAGAACAGUGAAAGCAAACCCAAGGAACCAAUGUUCAGUGCAGAGGAAGGAUACGUAAAAAUGUUUCUUCGUGGACGUCCUGUUACCAUGUACAUGCCCAAAGAGCAAGUGGAAUCUUACAAUUUGGAAGCAAAAGUAGAGCUACCAGCCAAGAGGCUUAAACUGGAAUGGGUCUAUGGGUACAGGGGCCGGGACUGCCGCAGUAAUCUCUAUCUUCUUCCAACGGGCGAAACUGUGUAUUUCAUCGCGUCUGUAGUUGUGUUAUUCAAUGUUGAAGAGCAACUUCAGAGACAUUACACCGGUCAUAAUGACGACGUGAAGUGCCUGGCUGUCCAUCCUGAUAGGAUCACUAUAGCAACAGGUCAAGUUGCAGGGACAUCCAAGGAUGGAAAACAACUGCCACCACACGUGCGUGUCUGGGAUUCUGUCACUCUGAACACACUGCAUGUCAUCGGAAUGGGGUUUUUCGACCGAGCUGUCACUUGCAUUGCCUUUUCUAAAUCUAAUGGAGGAAGCAGCCUGUGCUCUGUGGACGACUCAAACGACCACGUGCUCUCUGUGUGGGACUGGCAGAAGGAAGAAAAGCUGGCAGAUGUCAAGUGCUCUAAUGAGGCUGUAUUUGCUGCAGAUUUUCACCCUACUGAUACAAAUAUAAUAGUAACUUGUGGAAAAUCACACCUUUAUUUCUGGACACUAGAAGGGAGUUCCCUUGUUAAAAAGCAAGGAUUGUUUGAGAAACAAGAGAAGCCAAAGUUUGUCCUGUGUGUGACCUUUUCUGAAAAUGGGGAUACCAUCACGGGAGACUCGAGCGGAAACAUUUUGGUUUGGGGGAAAGGUACCAACAGAAUAAGCCACGCAGUCCAAGGGGCACACGAGGGUGGGAUAUUUGCGCUGUGCAUGCUGCGAGACGGCACGUUGGUAUCGGGAGGCGGCAAAGACCGAAAGCUCAUCUCCUGGAAUGGAAACUACCAAAAGCUUCACAAAACUGAGAUUCCAGAACAGUUUGGUCCAAUACGAACAGUAGCAGAGGGAAAAGGCGAGGUUGUGUUAAUAGGAACCACCAGAAACUUUGUGCUACAGGGCACACUAUCAGGAGAUUUUUUCCCAAUUACCCAGGGUCACACUGAUGAGCUUUGGGGACUGGCAGUCCAUUCCUCUAAACCUCAGUUCUUCACUUGUGGACACGACAAACACAUUACCCUCUGGGAUGCUACCACUCAUCAUCCUAUCUGGAACAAGAUCAUAGAGGAUCCAGCACAGUCGUCAGGUUUCCACCCUUCGGCCUCUGUUGUUGCAGUGGGGACGCUGACGGGCAGGUGGUUUGUGUUUGACACAGAAACAAAAGACUUGGUCACUGUACACACAGAUGGAAACGAGCAGCUGUCUGUAAUGCGUUACUCACCAGAUGGAAACUUCUUGGCAAUAGGUUCCCAUGACAACUGUAUUUAUAUAUACGGCGUCAGUGAGAAUGGAAGGAAGUACACCAGGAUUGGCAAGUGUUCUGGUCAUUCCAGCUUCAUUACUCAUCUGGACUGGUCUGUUAAUUCACAGUAUCUCGUUUCCAAUUCGGGAGACUAUGAAAUCUUAUACUGGAUCCCCUCUGCAUGUAAACAAGUCGUGAGUGUCGAAACAACUCGAGAUAUAGAAUGGGCCACUUAUACCUGUACUUUAGGAUUCCAUGUUUUUGGUGUGUGGCCUGAAGGUUCAGAUGGAACAGACAUCAACGCUGUCUGCCGCUCGCAUGGGAGAAAACUGCUGUCGACAGGGGACGACUUUGGCAAAGUCCAUCUCUUCUCAUACCCAUGCUCACAGUUCAGGGCUCCAAGCCACGUGUACGGUGGGCACAGCAGCCACGUAACCAACGUAGAUUUUCUCUGUGAAGACACCCAUCUCAUCUCCACAGGAGGAAAAGAUACCAGUAUUAUGCAGUGGCGAGUCAUUUAAAGGAGACACCGGUGUGAACACACACAGCUGAGUCGGCCAUGCACAGAACUUAUGUACAAACUGUAUAUUUAAGACUUACCAGUAUGUUUGCAGUUUAGCCUGGUCACUGUGAUUUAUUUUUUCUGUUUAAGAAAUUCUUACAGACCUCAGGAAAAUGAAGCCCCAUGCUGGUUCCCUUACUGUCCUAAGUGAUCAGUCUAGUGAUCUUUCUUUUGUUCAUCGUGUCCCACCUUCAAGAAUGGUCGUUCUCUGUUGUACAAUACACAAUGCAGUACAGGUUUAACAUGAGAAACGUGGCUUGGCAGUUUGCAACACAGUGGUGUCAGCAGAAUGUGACUAUCGUCAGUGUUUGCUAGAAGCACUGCUACAAUGGUCACAAAAAAUGCCUUUCAAAGACUGUAUAUAUGUGCUUAUUCGUUUCACUAGCUACACUUUGUACUGGAUAUCCACUUGCUUAGAGGAAUCCAUGGGGUGUCAAGGUACCGAAUUGUUUCUGAGGAUAAUGAGUAGAUGCUCAAAGUAUAAACUAAGAUGUAAGGUGCAAAACACUAGAGUUCUAGACCUGAAAAUGUGACUGCUGCUCAGCCUGCAUUCUCUGGGGAGCAGCAGCCCUCAGGCAUCACCCGUGAGGAGCUGCCUUCCCCUUCUGAGCAAAUCAGCAGCUUGCGCCCCGGCCUGACCUGAGCGUCUCAGCAGGGUUUACAGAUGUCCAAGUGGUUCAGGUAUUCCAGAUGGGUUGAAAUCUCGAGUCUUUUUACUUGUAUAUGAACAAUUUCUUUUGGAAAGCAAUCCAAGAAGGAGCUCGGCCACGUCCCCGGUAGCGGAUGCUAUAUUUAACUACUAUGUAUAUGAAUCAGCAUGACGCUAUAUUGUACAUGUAUAAGAUUUUAGCAGUUCAUAACAAAUGGUAAGGCAGCCCAGCUUUACUUUUUUUUAUGCUUAUGGAUAUUGUAUAUUUGUAUUUUAAGACCAAGUAGACCAAGUCUAAAGAUAUCUUUUUAAGUGUACCAUAAACCUGCAGAGGGUAAAGGAAGUCUUGGAAGCCUCCAUGAAACAUUAACGUGUAACUUCUGGCCCCCGUGUUUUGUGCAUGGAUGGAUAUUUAUAGUACGAAAUAAGGUUGUGUUUUGCAAUGAAGUAAUAGUGGAGGUGGUUAUAAAAGGGUUAAGAAGGCCUUACCAAUGUUGAUUGUGACACAGAUUUGCAAUGUAUUGUUUACUUGAGGAAUGUAUCCGAAGAGUUUUAAAAGAGAGGAGCCCUCAGCGGGCUGGCUAAAGGUGAUAUUGACCUUUUGCUUGGGCAGUAAACGUGAACUCUCAGAACUCUAAAGCACUGGUUGUUUAGAGUGGCUUAAAUGAAAUGGAAUCAAUAAAUUUUGAAACUUUUUUUUUAUUACAUCUCCAAGCUCCUACACUGAAAGUGCAGGACACCAAUAAA